AUGUGCACAUCCCCACCAGCUCGAAAAAUAAGCGAUUCCUCUGUCAUUCCGGACUACAAUAUUAUCCUUAUGGGUUCUCAUGGAGUUGGAAAGUCUGCUCUUGCACGAAAGUUUUUAAAAAAUAGUUUCUCUGAAAGUUAUCAGCCUACGGUGGAGGAAAUGUACUCAACAAUUCUUCAGACGAUAACCGGUUCUUGCAAACGACUAGUGCUAACUGACACAGCUGGACUCCAUCACUUUCCAGCAAUGCGAGAACUCCGGAUGCGGACGGGAGAUGCCUUCCUCUUGGUGUUUUCAUUCGACUCACUGGAGUCAUUUAAAGAAGCCCUGAGACUUCAUAAGAAGUUGAAGCAAGUUCGAGGUAAAUGUAUUAGUGACCAGUUUGAUGAUCAAGCGGUAAUUUUCAUUGGAAACAAGCUAGACCUUCUCUUCUCGUCGUCUGUGGGAAACAAACCUCCUGAAAACGACAGGAUCAAGAGAGAGGAACAUCGGAAGCAGCACGGAGAGGACAGUGGUUUGGCUGUUGCCGAAAUGGCUGCUAAUAUUUACCAAGAAGCGGAGGACACAUUUUCACAAAAACCAAACUUUCGAUAUAUCACCACAUCCGCCCGGAUUGGGCAUAAUGUCCUUGAACUCUUCCACCUCGUUUUAUGGCCUAUCGUGCAUGCAUCGACACAGCAGAAGCCUAUUUAUGAGGGUCGGAAAUACGGAUCUGCUGAGGAUAGUUCGAUGACUCGAAAGAUCAGCGCAGGCAAUAUCUUUCCGAAGAGAAUUCCUUUUGAAAUUCACUUUCCCCUUCGUCAACGGAUUCCGCUAGCUCAGACAACGGUAGAAAGUAAUAUCUCUGUGGAUGACAUACCUUCCGUACAUGUAAGUGUACCGGAAACAGACAAUGAACCCAAAACUCUGUUCCGCAGUUCAAUUGGAUCUCGACGUAAAUACAGCAUCAGCCUACGAUUGCUUCCUUCCAUCUCCUCUAAACAUCGACGAAAACAGACUGAGGACCUAAUGAACAAGCCAGCAAUCAGAAGUAGAUCGGUUGACAACUCUGCGCUGAAAAAAAUUAAAAGUCAUGAUGGCCUCAAAGACUUAAAUGCAGCCUUCUCUAUCCUUAACGAAAGUGGCAACAGUUCCGUCAGUAUUCAUUGCAUGUCUGAGGACAGUAAUAUCAACACACGCUCCGCUUCCUUUUGUUCAGGUGUGCCGUUUGCCUUCAGCAAUUCAAAGUAUGGUAAUUUCCUCUCACCCGGUCAAAUAAGUGAUGGCUGUUCAUCGCGGGGAUCAAUGGAAAUACCAACGCAAGCACUGGAUUUUGUGAAGGAGGUUGGUCGACUUCUAGAUCCAUCCAACAAGUCAGCAAAUGUUGCAGACUUUCGAAUACCCCAUACACCCUUUGUAGGUGGCCAGAGUAAAUCACCUGGAUCCGCCUGGGAACGAAUCCGAAAAAAGGGUGUCUUCUAUUAA